UUUUUUUUUUCUUUAACAAAAGAAUGACGAUGAAUAUGUUAAAAUAUCUAAUUUGUACCUAAAUGAUUUAUCAUAUAUGACUUUGCGUUAGAUAUAAAAUCAAGUCAAAUCUAAAUUUUCAUGACAAGGUCUAUUUAAUUUUAACUAUUCUGGGUUUCCAUACAUUUUUUAGCAUAGGAAUAUUGAUUUGAAUAAAUAUUUGCUAUAGAUAUAAGUUUGUAUAAAGCCGAAGACAAUCAUCUCAAAAUUGUUUUUAUCUUCAACAAUGGUCUUACAAUGAUAGCAAAAAUGUUUUCUCUAGGAAUGACAGUAUUGGAAUAUCUACCUGCAGUAUGCACUCAUUCUUAGAGUUAGAUGUGAAGCAAAUGUAACAAGACGUAAAACAUGGGGGUGCAAAGAGAACAGCGGAAGUUGUGAUUCAUACUGUUGUUUAUUGUGCAUUUGAGACCUGCAAUCCGGUGCAAGACUGAAGCAUAAGUAUCUUUUAAAGCUUCAGUAAGCGAUGAGUGUUGAUUCCCCUGUGCUUGGGUCCCUGCAGGUGAAAUGGGACCCAAAAAAUCUGGAGAUCCGUACCAUGUCUGUUGAGAAGACGCUUGAGCCACUUGUCACACAGGUUACAACACUGGUUAAUCAAAAAAGUCCAUCAAACAAAAAGAAGGGGAGGUCUAAGAAGGCACAUAUUCUAAGUGCUGCUGUUCAGAGAGCCACAGAGAACUUCAUCACUACAGGAGAGGAGAUAGCUAAUGAGAAUCCUGACAUCAGGUCAGAAAUGAUGGCGGCUGUGGAUGAAGUGAGGAAAACUGGUGAAGUGAUGAGGGAUGCAUCCACAGAAUUUGCUGCAGACCCCUGCUCCCUGUCCAAACGUGGAGCCAUGGUUCGGGCAGCUAGAGCUCUUCUGUCUGCAGUGACCAGGCUUCUUAUCUUAGCUGACAUGGUGGAUGUCCAUCUUUUGCUGAAAUCACUGAGAAUGGUUGAGGGUGAUUUAGACAGAGUUAGGAAUGCCACCAGUCAACAGGAGCUAAUGUCAAGCUUCAAGGAUCUUGGAGAGAGUUUAGUGGAUCUUGCUCAACGAGCUGCUCAAAGACAAAAUGAUCUGAAGGAUCCUAGACGACGAGAUGAUCUGGCUGCUGCCAGGGCUGUCCUUAAGAAGAACAGCAUGAUGUUGCUGACAACUUCAAAGGCAUAUGUAAGGCACCCAGAACUAGCACCAGCCAAAGCAAACAGAGACUAUGCCUACCAUCAGCUUGUGGAUGCUGUUAACACCAUAUCAGGUGUGGCCCAGGCCUCAGGGGCCUCUGAUGCUCACCCAUAUGAAGGAGCAGGAGAACUGGCAUCAGCACUGGAUGAACUUAUGCAAAAAAUAAUUAUGGACCCCUUAACCUAUAAUGAAGUGAGGACAAGGCCAUCACUAGAGGAACGACUUGAGAGUAUCAUCAGUGGAGCAGCACUAAUGGCUGACUCAUCGUGUACACGGGAUGAUCGUAGGGAGAGGAUCGUACAGGAGUGUAAUGCCGUCAGACAGGCUUUACAAGAUUUAUUAACAGAAUACAUGAAUAAUUGCAGGAAACCACGCUCAAGUAAAUUCAAGAAACAGUCUGGAAGAAGUGAGAAGAGCGAAGAUUUGCAGAGAGCCAUAGAUAACAUGGAGCGAAAGACUAAGGACCUGAAACGACAGUUGAGAAAAGCAGUGGUGGAUCAUGUAUCCGACUCCUUCCUGGAAACCAAUGUUCCGCUCCUGGUGCUGAUUGAGGCCGCCAAAGCUGGAGAUGAGAAAGGGGUGGAGGAGUAUGCCCAAGUGUUUGCAGACCAUGCUAACAAACUUGUGGAGGUGGCUAACUUAGCAUGUUCCAUGUCAAGUAAUGCAGAAGGGGUGAAGAUGGUGAGAAUGACAGCGGCUGAGCUAGAAAGCCUUUGUCCACAGGUAAUCAAUGCAGCCCGUGUUCUUGCAAGUCGCCCAAGGUCCAAGGUAGCCCAGGAGAACAUGGAUGUGUUCAAGGACGCUUGGGAGAGAGAAGUUCGAAUUCUUACAGAUGCUGUCGAUGAUAUUACAACCAUUCAUGAUUUCUUAGCUGUGUCUGAGAGCCAUAUCCUUGAAGAUGUAAACAAGUGUGUAGUGGCUUUACAAGAAGGAGAUGCCGACACACUUGACCGAACUGCAGGGGCCAUCAGAGGAAGAUCGUCUCGUGUGUGUAAUGUAGUCACGUCAGAAAUGGAGAAUUAUGAGGCAGGGACAUAUGUUGACAGGGUGAUGGAGGCUGUUGUGAUGCUGAGGGACCAAGUUAUGCCUAACUUUGCUGAGAAGGUGGAGAUUGCUGUGGAUGCUCUCAGUUACAAUCCUCCUCGAGAAGUGGAUGAGAAUGAGUUCAUUGAUGCUAGCAGACUUGUGUAUGAUGGAGUAAGAGAUAUUAGACAGGCAGUGUUGCUGGACAGGACUGAAGUGGAAACAGAUUCUGAAGUUGAAGAUGAUCCUUAUGAAACCAGAAGCAAGUCAAGUUACAUGACUGGAGUGGAUGACGAUAUGGGCAAGAGUGACCGAGCAAUGAUGCGACAGUUACCGCCAGAAGAACGGGAAAAAAUUCAAGAGCAUGUGCAGGAGUUCUUAGCAGACAAAAUGAAAUUAGAUCGUGAGGUGGCAAAGUGGGAUGACAGUGGGAAUGACAUUAUUGUCAUGGCUAAACAGAUGUGUAUGAUCAUGAUGGAAAUGACAGAUUUUACAAGAGGAAGAGGUCCACUAAAGAGCACAAUGGAUGUUAUCAAUGCAGCCAAGAAAAUUUCAGAAGCUGGUAUCGGACUGGACAAGCUGGCUAAACAAAUUGCUGAUCAGUGUCCAGACUCAGCAUCAAAGAAAGAUUUGUUAGCUUACCUACAACGAAUUGCUCUGUACUGCCAACAGUUAAAUAUAACCAGCAAGGUCAAAGCCGAUGUUCAAAAUGUCAGCGGAGAAUUAAUUGUGUCAGGGCUGGACAGUGCUACUUCUCUAAUUAUGGCUGCUAAGAAUCUCAUGAAUGCUGUAGUGUUGACAGUUAAAGCUUGUUAUGUGGCAUCCACUAAGUACAAGCUAGCAGGAAACACAUCCACUGUGGUCAUGUGGAAGAUGAAACCACCAGAAAAGAAAGCCUUGGUCAAACGAGAGGAUCCAAAUGAACUCCGCUCCAAGAUCCGCAAGGGAGCCAGGAAGAAGAAUAUGGAGCCAGUAAAAGCUCUGAGUGAAUUCCAAGAAAUUGACAGUUUCUGUUAAAUUUACCAAUAUCUGAUUCAUUAAUCUGACAAUGAAAGAACAUGUUUGCAUUAGACAUGGAUUCUGCAUGAAUCUGAGGGUGCAAGGAGGGUGUAAAUUUUAUUGAUGAUUUCUAAACAUUAUUUGAAUUAGAACCAUUAUUUAGUUUCUUUGGGACUUUGAAAUGGGUAAAUGUAUCUUGAAAUACAUUACUUAGGUUUACUAGAAUGGGUCCAAAUAAAGCAACACCACGAAUUUGACGCUAAAACCACAUAAUUUUCACCUGUUUCAAUUUCAUUGUAGUUGUUUCUGGGUUGUGUAUAUACAUAUAUCAAAAUCACAGAUAAUUGCCUGCUUCUAGGUAUAAGUUACAUAAAUCAUUAAUCAUAUGUGCGUUCUUUAGAAUUACAUUUUGUAAACGAAGAUAAUUUUUUUAAUCUUAUUUCGAAAAUUAUCCAUAAAGAUAUGGGUUUUUUUUUUUCAAAUUUAAUAUCAUUUUAUAUUUAUAUAUUGUAAAACAAAUAAAAAAAGGAAAUUAU